CCAGUCCCAGGGGCGCCCGUCAUUUCUCCACUUUCUUGGCUUUCUCAGUAGGUCGCACUUUUUCCUGUUGGGGCGGCGGCACCGCUCACCGAUGCUGGGGAUACACUCUUGGCGCCACCCCUCCUCAGUCUUCCCCGCCGGGGAGGCGGCCUCCAUGGAGGAGAGGCGGAGAGCGCAGGCGCGGCGGGUCCACCUGCUGCUGGUUGCCGGCGCCGGAGGGGCUGUACCGCAGCCGGAGGUUCUCGGUGGUGAAGAGUUCUGGAAGGACCCUGACCAGGAGGCGGGCGGCGAGGUUGCCCACGGAGAGGCUCUGCUGCACCAUCUCAUGCGCCUCCUUGUCCGACAGCAGGUCAGACUGCUCCAGGCCAGUGGCAUCCUCUCCAGGACUUCCAGUCGGGAAAUUCCCCAGCAGAUUACCAGUCAGAUACAAGCCAUACAAGAUGAAGCUGUAGCAAGAAAGCCAGAUGUUUACUAAGUGAGAUCACCUGAUACCAUGCUGAUGGCUGCAAACGUAUAUCUAAGACCCUUGAGAGAACACGCUGCCACCAGGGAGACUGCAGUGGUGACUAUGAAGAGGGAGUGCCAAGAGAACUGAAGGAAAUUUCUUAGCCAGAGCCUCC